UCCGCGUUUGUAUAUAAAACCCAUUUUCUCCAUCCACCGGGUCCAAGAACGUCGGGGUGUCAAUAAUUUCAAACCCGAGUUUUCGAAUUUUUCACCCACAACUCCGCCACAAUGCCUCGCUCUAAGCGCGCCCGCGUCGUCCACGAGACCAAGACCGCCAAAAAGUCCCACAAGGAACAGACCAGACGCUUGUACGCCAAUAUCCGGGAAUCUGUCGAGAAAUAUGACCAUCUUUUCGUCUUCGGAGUUGAUAACAUGCGCAAUACCUACUUAAAGGAUGUGCGCACUGAGUUCGCUGAUAGCCGUCUCUUCUUCGGCAAGACCAAAGUCAUGGCCGUCGCACUGGGCCACAACCCCGAAUCCGAAGCAGCCACCAACCUGCACAAGCUCGUUCCCUAUCUGACCGGUGCCGUCGGUCUCCUCUUCACCUCUCGCGACCCCGAGUCCGUCACCAACUACUUUGACUCCUUCCGUCCCUUGGACUUCGCCCGCGCCGGAACCGUCAGCACCCGGUCCUUCAGCAUCCCCAAUGGCCUUGUGUACUCGCGCGCCGGCGAGAUCCCCGCCUCGGAGGACGAGCCAGUCAGCCACACGAUCGAGCCCGAGCUGCGUAAGCUGGGCAUCCCCACUCGUCUCGUCAAGGGCAAGGUUAUGCUAGAGUUGACCGGUGACCAGGAGGCAUUCCCCGUUUGCCGGGAGGGAGAGGUUCUCGAUUCGCGGCAGACGACGCUGCUCAAGAUGUUCGGUGUUGCUACUUCCGAGUUCCAUGUUGCGCUGAAGGCUUGCUGGACUCGGGAAAGUGGAGAGGUGAAGAUUCUUGAGAAGGAGCAGGGUGGUAUGGAGGUUGAGCAGUGAAGUGGGGGUGGAAUUUGGGGCUAUAGAAAAAAAAGUCUUCUUUCUGAUUCUUUUUUUAUGUCUUCUCUUCUUCGACGAAAUCCCCUGGGCAUUUCUUGGAGUUAGGUAUUGGCGCUUGCUUUUCUUCUUCUUUCUUUUUUCUUUCUCUUGUUAUGAGUGGUACCCGUUUAUGACGGGUUCUUCAUUGCUGGAUGAGCGUAUGAUGGACAUACAU